ACACCGCCCCUCACACCGCCCCGGCCCCGUCCGGCCUUCCGGGCCCGCAACCUGCCCGGCGCUGCUGCGGGCCCGGAGCCGCGACCUUCGGUGCGAGAAAGGGGGCGGCGCAGCGGGGCAAAUACACGGCUGAGCGUCCGGCUUGGCAAGCACCGGUGAAUGAUGUGUUCCGUCUGAUAUCCGUGCUUUUAGUGGAAGCAGCGCUACAGGAAGUGUGGGCCGUGUGGGAAUACACAAGUGCGUCAAAUUCAUGCGUUGGGUUUGGCUCGGGGAAGAGGGGAACAGGUGGAUGGAGGCAUGGAGGGCAGCAAAUGGGGUGUCCAGUGCUGUUCGGCUGCCUUGUGACAUCUGCACACCCCAGCUGCCUGGUGCCAAACUCCUGAGACCCUUUCCGAGAGCUUCCUGUUUGUUGGCAGGGUCCCAGGGAAGUUGCUUUGUGGGAUACCCAGUUGCAAGGCAAAUGUGGCAUCAAAUAAAGGCUGGAGUGGCAAAUGUCACUGUUGCCACAGGUCUGUUCUCACAGGCAAAGCAAGAGCUUUGGGAUUUGAUGGCCAAACUCACAAACUGAAAUUUUUAUGAUAAGUGUGCUGAGAGCAAAGUCCCAGAAUGCAGAAGAUGGGGAAGCUCAGUGUUGGGCAUUUCUGGGAGAUUCAGACAGCCCAGCCUCAAUGGAUUACUGGAAGUACUCCAUCAGCAGCAUCCUGGUGGAGAGGGACAUUGAAGAUGAGGCUGUUGUGAACCUUUUUGAUAAUGGGUACGUACAGGCCAGGAGAGUUCCUCACGUUGACCUCAAGAAUCACUUGAUCACAGACCAGGAUCGGAAAAUGUUCCUGUCAGUGGGAAUCACCGUAAAUUGUAAAAAGUAUGGGAUUUGUGAAAAUCUGGUGGAUGAAGACAACGUGAUGGAUGUCAGAAGCAAAGGCAGUGACAGCAGAUCUAUCCCUACUGGCAUGACCCAAAACCUGAUCUUCCUCAUGGGCAAGAAGGGAGUUCACAGAGAAGUCCUUAAUUGAAAGGACCAGGAUAUGACCGUGAGCAGGAAAUCAAGACACAAAUAAUGCAAAAGAGACAGACAGCUGCCUGAGCACAGAGAAGGGAAUUAAACCUGAUUUUGUUGCAAA